GUUGAAACAGCAUGUAAAUUAGAUGCCCACAAAGAUAUUUUACGCGUAUGGUGAAUUGUGUGAAUAAUAAAUGCGUAGGUUCAUAUAGGACAUGGCACACCUUUAUAUUUGAUAAACGCAUUUUAAUUAUCUGCAUCCAUAGUUUGCUUUUACAAUGCCUUUGUAACACGCUAUUAGGCUACACAUAGGCCUAUUAGUAACCACUCACAUCAGUAGGCGUUACUCCAUCAUCCUUCGAUGCUAAAUUGACAAUGAUUUAGAAUUAACCAGACACCCAAAAAUCAUCUAGUGCUGCUAUUUGAGUCGGAUAUAGACAGUCUAUUUUCAUAUCCCCAUGUGUAUAUCUUAUAUAUAAAAUAGAUCUAGAAGAAACGGGUGUUUUGAACACCGAGAAAAUUGCCGUGCAGAAAGCGUAUAAUGUUCCUGGUAAUUAGGCCUGCUACCUUCCUCGGUGUUUUAUUUCUCUGCAAUCCAUUGACUUGUCAAUUAAUUAGACCCACGCAGUGAUCUAUGUUAUAUUAAAGCACUGUAAAGGAAAGUGUAGCCGUCUUGUUUACGCCCUGUUUGCUAUAGCUGUUUGAACCUGAUGAGAACCUUAAUGUUGACUUACAGUUGUCAUUUACAAUUGGUGAGGAUUGUGACAUGUGUGCGCCUGAAAAGGUGUAGGCUAUAGGCGCGAAUUACUUGCAAAGUGGUUGUUUAUUUGAUUUGGUUUAAUAUGAACUAAUGUGCUGGUAUUACUUUUCCAUUAGAUACAUAUAGAACGUUCAUUUUAAAUUAGCUAUAAGGUGUAAAUGUAGCCUAGUUGUAUCUAGUCUAGUAUCGAUUACACAGCAUCUGAGGGCUGUUAAACCUUGUAAACCUCUCAUUUUAGUACAGGAAGAACGCAUAGCCAUAUCUGCAGUUGAAGGAUGUAGCACUUGAAGUCUCUAAACUUUUGCAAUGUCAUCUUUAAAGGUCACUAACCUACAGUGUAAAACAGGGUUUAAACUACUUUUUGUAAUUUGUUUAAUAUUAAUUAUGUUAUAACGAUGAGGUGAAUACGCCAUUACUUGGUAGGUUAUAUAGGCUUGCCUUUAUUGCUCCUGUUGUUGCGUCUGAGCAUGUCUUAUUUGAAGCGAAAAUGGUUUCCAUUUUGUCUUCUUUUGUGAAAUGUACGCAUAUAAAGAUUCAAUUAUAGAGAGCCAUAGGGAGCCAUAGGGCUUAAGACAAACGAAUCAUUUGAUAUGACCUUAUGCUUAUUUUAUUUUACGCACAGUUCAAAAUAAUAGGAGUUAAGACGCACUUCUCGUAAUGCUGCAAACCGAGUUGAUAGUUGAUAGGAAACAUAUGCUGCAGAACUCCCCUUUGCGCAUGCAUGGGCGCGCAUAGACUACUUUUUAUUUUCGAAUGUUUGCAUUCUGCACAUAGGGCCUCGCCCCGUCGGCGCUACGGUGGUGCAUUAAAGCGAGGUGAGAGAAACGCACUGAUUGCUGUGCUGUCUCCUUUCUAUGCCUCAGACCUAUGAUGGCUCCGGCUGCUACGUGGUUGUGGAUGGGGAGGGGCCCUGCGUAUCCGAGCGUUCCUAUUGGCUCCAGAGUCUGCACGGUGGAGAGGGGGGUACCUCUAAUCAUAUCCAGCAUGUUUUGCACAAGAAAUGUCAGCCAGAAAGGGCUAUCUUCUCCCCUCGCCAAAAUACACUACAAUAAUGUCAUGCUCAGACAGCCCCGCAGGAAACGCGUUUUUAGUGGAUUCUCUCAUCAGCGGUCGGACCGAGGGUGUAGGGGGACACUACUACCCGGGCAGCGGCGUGUGUCUGCCCCAUAACGCCGCCUCAGAGGUGCCCUACGGACUACAGAGCUGUGGAUACUUCCCUGGCAUAGGCAAGCGGAGCAACGCAGGUCCCCAUAACAUGAUGUCUGCCGCGUCAGGCGCGUAUAUGUCAGGCAUGGAGAUGUGGAUGGACGCGCAGAGGUCGUGCAGAAUGGACGGAAUGGACCAGCAACAAACUGUGGGUCCUCAGGUCGCGCCCUGCUCGUUCCCGCAGAGCAUUAAGGAGGAGAGCGCGUACUGUCUCUACGAACCGCAGAAGUGCCCCAAAGCCUCAACAGCCGAAGACCUGACAUACUCGAGGCUAACCACAACGGGCUCCGGUUCAGGCUCGUGCACAGUCACUGACGGUGGCGGUGGUGGGGGUACUGUACCCGUGCCCGGCUACUUCCGCUUGUCUCAGACUCACGCACACUCUCAUAAAGUUUACCACGGUGCCCAAUCUAACCCCUCUCAUUCUCACUUUGGCCUACACCCCACUGCACCGACUCGCUUCCACACUCCGACACCCCAGCUGUCCUCAGCUUUAGCCUGCUCAGCCACGGCGGAGCACGAGAGGAGAGACACCGAGGAGGCUCUGCCCUCCGGUAACGCGCCCAAGCCCCAGCAGACGAACGCCGUACUGGGGGACGAGGAGACGCGAGCGUCCUCCGACGGGGAACCUUCCUCUCCCGAGGAAGCUGAAGUGGAGCUCGAGAAGGAAAAGUCAGUGAAAACGACUAAAGGAGACUCAAAAAGCGAGAGCACGGCCAACUGGUUAACAGCAAAAAGCGGCCGGAAGAAACGUUGCCCAUACACCAAACACCAGACACUGGAGCUCGAGAAGGAGUUCCUCUUCAACAUGUACCUGACUCGCGAGCGUCGCCUAGAGAUCAGUAGGAGCGUGCACCUGACCGACAGGCAGGUCAAAAUAUGGUUCCAGAAUCGCAGAAUGAAACUGAAGAAAAUGACCCGGGAAAACAGGAUUCGGGAGCUCACGUCAAAUUUCGGUUUUUCGUGAUAACACUGAAUGAGCUUUAGUUAUAAUGCAAGUUGAAAAGGGUACAUCGUUAAUAGGCCUACAGGCAAGCCUUUGCAUCGUCCUGUAUAAGCUACUGGUAAAACGUGAAUGUUAUGGGUUGUUUUUUGUUGUUUUUUGUUUUUGUUAAUUGUUCGUUAAUUCGGUUCUGUUAUUGCUGUCACUUGUUGGAAUAGGUGUCUUGACUAAAAUAAUGGAUGACAUUUUAUCUAAAUUGGAGCUACACAUAUAAAUCACGAUUGGGUUUUACAAAUAUAUUCCAUAUAUUCCAUAUAUUUGUGGAGUUUCUUUAAAAUUUAGAUUGCAUGAAACAACAUGAUUCAGACUCCUCUUUUCCUGCAUUUUGCAAUGUGGAUCAAGGCAUAUCUAUCAACAGUAAGGGAAUAAGAUAAGUCGCCCUUUAAAUGUAUUGUUCCGAUAUAUUAUGAUGAGUUGAGGAUAAUAUUGUUGUGUAGACUCGAACUAAGGGAAAUGUACAUGAGCAGUCUACAUUGUGAAAAUGUUUUUAUUGUGUAUUUCAUUAUGUACAUAUGAGGUUGUGUUUUUGUGUAUUGUGUAAUAAAUUAUCA